UGUUCAGGCUGCUGAAGACACGGCUGCUGCUGCCGCUGCUGAUGCUGCUGCUACGGGUGGAGGGUGGAGGGUCCAGGGCAUGCUCGCCUCACAUCAGAUAACGAUGCUUUGCCUCAAAGACCUGAGCCUUGGAGUCACUGGGGGAAGACGCAUGGCGAGCCGAGUGACAACAGACAGAGAUGUGUCCUGUUGUUGCUAAGACAGGGGAGCAAAGGUCCAUCUGGUCCACAGCAAGGCAGCGAUGGCAAAGAGAGAUUACCUGGUGGAGGCGGCCAAGCAGAUCCGCAUGGCACUGGACAGCGAGGUCAAUGAGGACUAUGAGGCAGCCUUCAGUUACUAUAAGAACGGGGUGGACUUGCUGCUGAAUGGGGUUCAGCUGGACCCAAACAAGGAUCGUCAGGAGGCUGUGAAGAGGAAAACAACCCAGUAUCUGAAGAGAGCUGAAGAAAUCUUCAUAACUCAUCUGCAGGACAACCUGGGGAAGGGAAGCUCUCAUUUAGGGGGUUACAGCAGCCUGAGAUUCCGUCCAAUCAGACACUUGAGUUCACCUGUGGAGGAUCUGGAGAUGUGUAAGGUGGUGGGAGUGACUGAUAAGGUCCUGAUUGUCCAAAGUAUGGUCAACAAGGAGACAUUUGUUGUUAAGAGUCUGGUCAAGUCGAGCUGGGAGAGCAGGGAUCAGCCAACCAUCAUUCCUCAGGGGGUGCCAUACAUGGUUAAGCUGCUAAGAUAUUACGUCAGCGAGGAUGCCGUGUACCUGCAUCUUGAGCAUGUCAAAGGUGGGAGGCUCUUCUCCAAGCUGCACAAACUGAGGAACGAGAAGGCCAAGGAACACCCGGAGUGCUUCACGUCUGGCCAACCCAGCAUCAAGCUGAAGACCAGCUACACCUCACCCACAAUCAGCACAGACUACCAGCACAACAGCCGAGGGAGAGAAGGAGUGAUUCCAGAGAAAUCAUGUGACGAGAGCCCAGACGCCGACUUCCCCAUCUCAUGGGAUGAGACUCAGCAGCGACUGGAGAGCUGCGGGACUCACUCCUACAUCGAGGAGACGGGUUGUCUGCAGAACACGCGUUCCGCGGCAUCAUUUUACACCAAGCUCGAUCGGCUAACUCUGAAUGCAGGCCCGGCGAGGACACAGGCCAACGCCCGCAUCCAUCCACCAGCUCCUAGUUUGUGUUUGCACUCCAGCGUAACUCAGGAACAGCCCGCUCUUCCUCUCUCUUGCUCUCGCGUCAGUCAAGCCCUCGAUGUCAUGUCAGAGCUCCACAAAAAUAAAGCUGCGUUGGGACUGACAGAGUGCAGCUCUGAGUUUGAAGUGGCUUGGAAAGUGGCAGAUCCAGUACAUAACUGUGUACAAAUGAACCCCUAUGCAGUGACCGGAAGUCGUUUCAAUAGCACACUAGCACAAACACCAGCUCAUACAAAUCAGACCUCAUUUGUAAAAGCGGGAUCACCAACCACUGAAACCAAUGGUUUGAGUUCAUCCCCGGCCAUUUUGCAUCUUCCUCUCCAUUGCCAAACCCAGAUCCGUGGCAGGGCAUCAUGGGAUACCAAUGGCUCACACCUAGGAUCUGUUUUGACGGGAAACUCUGCGGAUGUGGUGACGGACUCAAAGAGAGACGGCAGCAGUCCCACCACAGAGGAGAGAAACGGCAUGGUAGUCAUCAGGAGCACGGACAGAGCGGUAUUUUCAGACGACACAGACGUCUGCUGCCACAGCAUUACAGGGGAACAGGGGGCAUUUUCAGGGAUCCCCUUGGCCCUCUCAGGGUUGAAGUACAAAGGGGAAACACGUUCCAGCGAGACAAGGGACAGUGUAGAGGAGGCCUGCGAAUUGCUGUGUCCUGGAGAGCAGGUGGCAUCGGCAAAAGAGCGAUCGUUUGUGGGCUGGCUCUCCUCUAGCCCUACUGGAGCCUCGGCCCACAGGGGGGAUGAGGAUGUGGAUGAUUUCCUUAAAUCGGAAGGAUCGGAGGGGCAGGUGGAAGACGAGAUCAUAGAGGUGGAUGGCUGGUGCCACCUGCCUCGGUUCCCCAUGAAGUCCUCCAGGUCUACAGGUAAGGCCAAGCCGACCUGCUGGGGGCUUCCAGAGGCAGAGGUGCAUGUCUGGGGGGCUCAGAUUCUGCUGGCCCUGGAGAGUCUACAUCAGCAAGGCAUCCUGUGUCGGGACCUCAACCCUAGAAACGUUCUGCUCACCAGCAACGGAAAGGUGUGUCUGACCUUUUUCGGACAGUGGAGUGAGGUUCAGUCAGAGAUCAGCUCCAAAGCCAUGGAACAGAUGUACUGUGCUCCAGAAAUCGGUGGUGUGUCCAGGGUUACGGAGGCCUGUGAUUGGUGGAGCCUUGGGGCUUUGUUGUUCGAACUCUUAACAGGAAUGCCACUGUGGCAGCUCCACCCAGCAGGAAUCCAUUCUCACACCCAGCUGAUCAUCCCCAACCACCUGAGUGCGGCAGCUGCGUCUCUACUAACAGAGUUGCUUCAGUUUGAUGCCGGCUAUCGCUUGGGUUCUGGAGGCGGAGGCGUGAGUGACAUCAAGUGUCAUCCCUUCUUCAGCAGUGUCUCGUGGAAAGCUUUGAGCUGCUAGCAGGUGCAGCUGCGUCACCUCUGAUCCCUGUGUUCUGCAUCGGAGGAGGAGUUGAACACCGACUCCUCGUGUGGCCAGAAUGGACGCAGCACUGGAUCCUUGUUCCCUUUGUUUCCCCAAAGACAAAAAAUGACAAUAAAAAGUGAAACAUGACCAUAACACGUGAACCAUGUCGCUUCCAAAACAUAAAAUUAAUUUAUUACUUUGCUUCCGAGACUCAUAUGAUUGCAAUUUAAGGUACCUUUGAUGCCAUUUUGGUAUAUUUCAAUUUUAUAGUAUCCAUGAAUAUUGUCACCAUGCAUGAAAACUGACUCCAUAGAGUAAAUUCUGACAAUUACAAAUGUUUGGACUGUCCACCAUUAAAUACUGUAAAAGAAACAAAAUCAGGCAAUAAAUUGUUACCUCUUCUCAAUCCCUGGCAUUGUUUUCACACUUUGUGUGCAAUUGGUCUAUAGACUAAGCAAGGAUUGAGACACAAAGACCAUUUUAAGUUUCUCUCUGUAGCGUGGGACUUUUAACAAUCUUAUUAAACAAUAUUCCACAACCCACUUACAGACUGGUGACAAGUUAAAGGAAACCCUGAAUAAAUGAGAAACUAAAUAAAUGCUUCCAUUCCAGGUGUACUGCAUGAUAAGCAGUGAACAUCACCUACAACACCUUAGUAAGCUUUAACUAACUUAAUGGUGGUUCGUAUUUUAAUCCAGCACCCAUCUGUGCAGUAUCAGUGGAUGAACGAUCUGUGCUACACUGUCAAUAUGAAAGCACACAAAAAUAUCCAACACAGAAGCUAUAGUCCAGUAUUGCAAGUUUUAUUGUUUAAAACUCUUUUUUCUUAAAUAGUCUUUCUUACACAGCAUGUGUUCAUUUUUUUGUGAAACAGGUGGCAUAAAUCCUCAAAAGAUUUCUUCACUUUGGACAUUUUCAGAACAGUGUUUCUUGGUUUCUGGCCCAUGUGUUCAUUGUUCUUCUCUCAACCUAAAUAAUGAAAUGAUACUACGCAGUUUACCUUCAUGUUGGUCAUUCCUCUCACAAUGUCUCAAAUCUCAAAAUGACACAUGGUGCAUAUGAGUAAUAGAAUAUAUAUAUUUAUUAAUCUAGAGACCAGCACCACAGACACCAACAUGUUCCCACAGCAGCACUGACCCUGUUAUCACUGCCAGCCUUACAAAUGUCCAAUGCAUAACUCAACUGUUUUCUAGUUAACCAAUACAACAAUACAUCAACUGCAGUUAC